AUGGAUUUUUCUCGAUUUGAAUUAUUACCAAAUGAAAUUCUGAUUGAAAUAUUUGAUUAUUUGGAUGCUCGUGAUACUUACUAUGCUUUCUAUGGUCUUAAUUUGCGUUUGAAUGCUCUCCUACAAUCCCUCGAUCGACUGUAUAUUUAUAUACAUUAUAAUGGACGUUCUAGAAUUCGUCAUGAUCACUUAUUUGCACUACGAGUUCAUACAUUAAUCAUUGAUCGCAAUCGUCUUCUUGAUAAUCUCCAUCAAUUUCCAAAUAUUCGUCAUGUGAUUUUCAUUAAAUCAUUUGAGAAAAAAAUCGAACAUGUGAUCAAUCAGCUGGAUAAUUUAGAACAUUUGACUGUCAAAGUAAAAGGCCAAGGUGGUGCUUCACGUUCGAUCUAUCAAAGAAUAUUUACGAAUGAUUUUCCAUGUUUAAAAUCUUUUAUUCACAAGGCUUCUCAUCCACCAUCAUUAACUAAUACAUGGACACAAACACCGUCGAUUCACUUUUUAGAUGUUACUUCAGAUUUUUCUCGUAUUCAUAUGUUUCUUGCUGCAUGUCCUAAUUUACAUUGUCUUAAGAUAACAAUACCAAAGUUAUCCGUCACUUUGGCUGAUUUAAAACAACACGAAAAACUUCAACGAUUACACUUGACUAUUACUACUGAUCAAUUGUCUUUCGAUGAACUGCCCUUCAAUAGCUUGUUCGUACGUCUUCCUAAUCUACAAUAUCUUUAUCUUCAGCAAUCCAUAAUGAAUAUCGAUAUGAUAAAUAAUCUCAAGCAAUCGCAGUGGUUGGCGAAUGUAUUGGCUCGUCAUCUGUUAUCACUACGUCAGUUCAAGUUAACUCUUUGUUUAAGCGCUAAUCAACAUUUUGAUAUUCAACAGUUAAAAACAAAUUUCUCGAAAGCACAUGACCAGCGGUAUGAGCAUGAACUUAAAAUUAUUUGA